GUGCAAAAAUAUACAAAAUACUUAUAGCAUCACUGCAAGUAUGUUUAUUAUCAUGAUAUUUUUCUCCUCAUUAUUUUUGUUCAUUAUUGAUAUGUAUGUUUCUCAAUACAAAUUGUAAACAGCCUGGAUGGGAAUUAUAUAAACAAAAUAGUUGUGUUUUGGCAUUUGUUGUACAUAUAAUUACGUUAUAAACUACGAUGGCUAUUGAUUGCUAGUAUAUUGCUACGAGAAUGAUUUGAUAAACAUCUUAUACUUUUUACAAUUAUUAAAGAUUCCUUUAUCACAAUGAGAUAUCAUAUAUAGAAGGUGGAUCUUUCAGUGGAACCAGCCUCCGGUCUAUGUAAGUAAAAUUGCGUUGCUGGUGUGCAAGCGUUUGAAUGAAUUAUCUAUUAAAGUUAUUUGGCUUGGUACAUGAUUACUUGGAAAGUCAACUUUCAUUGAGUUUUCCUUAGAUUUGUAGCUUCAAUAUCGAUAAAAUUAAAUUGUUCUCGUUUUUCUAGCUUCAUCUACGGAAAUAGGCUAACGAAAAUAUCAUAUAAGAUGUUCAACGUACGGAUCGGGUCACUUAAAUACCUCUAUAUAUUUAAUAAUCCUAUUGAGAAUAUUGAAAAUGGUGCAUUGUCUGAUCUGGAACCAACAACAACAGUGUAUAUGGAAUGUGCUUAUCUGAAUUAUAUACCGUCGACGAUAUCGGACAAAACAACUGCGACGUGUAUAACUCAAAAAUCAAAAAUCACAUUUGAUGAUGUCUAUUUUAGCAUUAUGGGGGAUAUGUUUGGAAUGACGUGUAACGAAACAACAGAUAUAUGUGAACCUUGCCCUCUCGGAUUUUACGGACUACUCUCGAAAGAUGGUUGUAGCCCUUGCCCACCAGGUGGUUUCUACCAAGACGAGCGUGGAUAUGUCGAAAGCGGUAAUUACAACACUGACUGUAAACGGUGCCCAAUUGGAACAUUUUCUCCUCGUUUUGGAGCUGCUUCGAUUUUUGAUUGUCAAUCAUGUCCUACUGGAACCGAUACAGAUAACAGGGCAGCUCUUGAUGCGUGUCAAUGCCUAGAAAACUUCCACCGCACAUACCGUUAUGGUGCGUGUUAUCCGUGUCCAGACGGUGUCGAUUGCACAGGUGGUUACCAGAAAUUGAGGACAGGCUACUGGUGGUCGUGGAAUUUUACAGGUUAUACUGGUACAGGAUAUCCUGGUAGUUUUGACGAGUACAACCAGUUUGUUAACAAUUUAAAUGCCUCUCAUAUUAUAUUCUAUUAUACACCUAACAUUUUAGACGAAUAUAAAGGAUUUCUCCCUGCAGUCCAUUUGUGUCCACGAUUUGAGAGUUGUCGUGGUGGAGGUAUUGAAGCAAGCUGCUCUAAGGGUUAUUCUUCUUGGUUGUGUGCCGAGUGCAGUGCCGACUAUUAUGAAUUAUUCGACGAAUGUCACAAAUGUCAAGAUUUUAAAAUAAUAAUCACUGUGAUGCUUUUGGUACUAUUAGCAUUCAUAGGUCUUGCUUACGGUGUGUGGAGACUAGAUAAACGAACAAGGACAGGCGCCAAGAUACGAAACGACUCUCUUGUGAUUCACUUAAAAAUCGCCAUCAAUUUUUACCAAGUUUUAGGUAUACUAUCUGCAGUUAAUGAAAUUCGUUGGCCAGAAUCGUUUCAAUCUGUUGGACAAAUUCUCCAGUAUCUCGAUAUUGUACGGUAUAUCAAUGUCCUCAGCCCGAGGUGUAUAUUUCGAGGUUUUUGGAAUGCUUACACAUAUUUGUAUAUUGCCAUCGCAACACCAUUCUUUAUUAUCGUGUCGACAUCUAUUAUUUUCUUCAUCUGGUACAUCUACAGAAAGUACAAGCAUCAAAACUCCAUACAUUACUUAACAGACAACUUUUUGUCGGUUACAAUGAUGUUGCUGUAUAUGACUUACGCAAAUACUUGCUCAAGCAUCAUGGCAAUCGGACCGUGGUCUGUCCGUACGGUUAAUGUCACCGCGAAUGGUGAAUAUACAAUACAAGUUCUAACUUCUGACUACUCCAUUGACCUUCAUGAAGACGGUGGUUUAACGUAUGAGACCAACAAGAAUAUUGCUUAUGGUUCUUUGGUGUAUGUAAUUGGUUUUCCUCUUGCUAUCAUCCUGGUAUUGUAUCGCAGAUACAAACGUCAUGAAAUGGCAGGUCGACAAGACGAACGACCAGGAACAAUGGGAAUGAGGUUCUUCUGCAAGCAAUACAGCAACAAGUUUUGGUACUGGGAAGUAAUUGAUAUGUAUAAUAAAGCUAUACUCGCUCUCAUCGCCAACUUCAAAGACGACCAAACCUCCAGCAUGUCAUAUUCCCUCUUUAUUACCGUUAUUCUUAUAGCAUUGCAUCUGUAUCUAGAACCAAUGAAGGCUAAAUCAGAUCAGAGGUUUCAGCUACUGACACUUGUCUUCAUUAUAGUCAACUUAUCAGUUGGUGCAAUUGUUGACAUCGGAGAGUCCGUAUACACUGUAGACGAGACUAUACUUGUCCUUCAUGACAUUACACCAUUUAUUCUUUUGGUGCUCAACCUUUCCAUUGUGUUUGUUGUUUUUGUUGACCUACUGAAAAAAAUCAAGGAAAGCAUCUGGGGAAAAUGGAUUGAUUCACAAGAGCUUUCUAGCACCAACGUUGAAGACACCGAUGAUAAUGAGAAUGAACUUUCUGCGAUAUUGCAGGCAGACUUCAAUUCCUUAUCAACCUACAAUCCAACGAUUCAUAAUUAGUAGUAGGCCUAGUAUAAUCACUGAAGUAGUACAAUGUAUUUGUUUCAAUUUGCAUUCUUAUUUACUGUAUUCAUGUAUUGUAUGGAAAAUAAUUGCAUAUUUUAUUUUAUUUGAUUUACUUUGAAGUAGAUGAUUCAACUUUGCAUAAAAAUAUUAUAAUUUUUUUUCUUUUACAUCAACACAUUUCUUUUACAUCAACAAUGUAAAUAUAGCGUAUUAUCAAUACGAUAGUGGUUUUCCGUUUUUGAAGUAUAUUUUAAAGUAAAAUUGAGCCUUUCCUAUAUAUUUAGAAUAUAAUUGUCUAAUCGCUUCUUAAAAAGCAAUAUCUUGCUUGUAAUGUUUAAUAGCAGACAUGCUGCCCUCUAGAGUUGAAUAAAGACAGCACUUCAGUAA